AUGGCGUUCUCCAACGCAGGGACAAUCUCGAAGAUUGCCUCCGUCGCCGCUUCCGCGAUGCUCGCAGGCAGAAUCGUCAACGACUUCCUCCCUCCCCACUUCCGCCACUUACUCCUCUCCCGCUUCUGCAACUUCUUCCCCUCCCACCGCUCCGUGGUGGUCGAGGAGUAUAAUGAGUUCGCGGUGAACAGGCUCUACGAGGCCGCGGAAGUCUAUCUCUCCACCAGGAUCUCUCCCUCCAACACCCGACUGAAAGUCGGCAAGCAGGACAGGGAAAAAGGGUUCCUGGUUACUAUGGAUAAGGGCGAAGAGAUUGUCGACGUCUUCGACGGAUUCAAGGUAACGUGGAGAUUCGUCUGCGCAAAGACAGAAAAGAGGGUUCCCAACAGCCAUGGCGGCUCUUCCUUGAGGGAAACUCGCUACUUCGAGCUCUCCUUCGACAAGAUUCACAGGGACAAGGUGUUGAGCUCGUACUUCGCUCACGUACUGGACAGAGCCCAGGCCAUAAAGGACGAGAACACCCCAGUUAAGAUCUUCACUCUGAGCGAGAGGUAUCGGUUUGGCGACCGCAAUGGACUCUGGAGCUCGGUGGUGCUUGACCACCCUUCAACUUUCCAGACGUUGGCAAUGGAGGAAUCUCAACACCUUGUCCCUCUGUCAAAUAUGUGA